AUAAAUAUAAUACUGACCCUGCUCACCAACGUAUCACUAGCAUCCCUACUCAUUUUAAUCGCAUUCUGACUCCCCCAGUUAAACAUCUACACAGAAAAAGCAGGUCCAUAUGAAUGUGGCUUUGACCCCCUAGGAUCAGCACGCCUCCCCUUCUCCAUAAAAUUUUUCCUAGUAGCCAUCACAUUUUUACUAUUCGAUCUAGAAAUCGCAUUACUUCUACCACUACCAUGAGCUUCACAAUCAAUUAACUUAAAAACCACACUCACCACAGCACUAAUACUAGUCUCCCUUCUAGCUGUAAGUCUAGCUUACGAAUGAACCGAAGAGGGCUUAGAAUGAAAUGAAUAA